UUAUAUUCCUUACUACUCAGUGUUUUAUCAGGGCCUGUUGGGAUACACAGAGAGCUGAUUUCUUGGAGAUGGAAAAUGUUUUUAGAUCAGUGAAUGAGGGCAAUUUCCCACGGCACACUAGUGUGCCGCGGCACACUGGUUGAAAAACACUGCUUUAGACUGAUGCAACCUUUCUCACGAGUUCUGGCUUCAUCUCACUUGGUGAACUUCAGGUACUGAUGGUUGACCUCUUCUGUGGCCAUCAGGGAACUGUCAGCACUGGUCCCUUGUAGUCCUUCCUUUGGUUGGUGGGCCAAUGGGAGUGUGAUCCCAGACCAGGAGACCAGUGUCCUUGAGCAAGACACUGAACUCCUCAUUGCUCCUGGUGGUUCUAGGUUGGUGUAUGAAUGGGACUGCACUUUGGGCCCUAGUGUUGGUAGAACAGUGUUGUUCCCUCGCUGUGUUGCACUUAACCUUUUGCAGACUGUUGUUCUGCGUCCUGAUUGGCUGUGACCUUGUCAAUCAUCUGUGGCAUGUCUCCUGUACAAAAUGAGUUCAGUGGCCAAAUCUGCAUAAAUCUUUGAUCACAAUCAGAUCUUUUUCAUUCUAUAAUCCUGGACUCAUUUUUCUAUGAAGGUUUGAAUUUUGAGUUUAAAGGAGAGAAAGGUGUCAAAAUGUUUGUCUGCGAAAAGAGUGGAAAGUUUUAGAAUGUGACCCCCCCCCAUGAGAAACGAGGGAACACCGGAUAUGCCAUCUGCAAGAUAUCAAAACUGUUUGGAAAUGUCUUAGUUUUUUUGAACACUCCGAUUUUUAGCAGUUUAAAAGGAAGAUAUGUAAAAUUUCCCCCUUCAAAAUUAAACGGGUGAGGGUUUUCCCAAAAAGGCCUAAAGAGGUAACUUCCCCACUGAAGCAGAUUCAGUCGUUUUCUCAGGAAUCUUGAACAGAAAGCGUCUUCUUCUGAUUCUGACUUUACCAUCUGCCACAAAUAUACAAAGAACUGAAAGUAAAAAGCAAAGAGGACCAGCUACCAUGAAGCUCUUCACAUUGAUGACUCCUCCAUGCUUGUGGGCGGGGUCCUGAAUCGCAUCACUUUCUUUCUUUGGAAAUUCAGAAAUGGACAGAGAUCAGCUUUUGGUGUUAAACUGAAAGUAAAAUAGAAAGUAACGGAGAUUCUGUAAUUGCACCGCUGGUUUCUACAUGUGAAUUUGAGGAAGCCUUUGAAAGCACCAUGAAGUGGAGCCGUUAGGCAACAGUUGUUGUGCCAUGAGGCGUCCCUUUAAAAGACGCCGUGGUCAGACGCUGCGGACACUCACUGCAUCUGUGGCGGCUUUAGUUGGCGUGAUCAAACAUGACUCGGUUCGUCUUUCUCCUCCUCUGUUUCUCUGCUGACAUGAGGCUUCUGACGGCAAAAACAAAAACUGAAGGAAACAUCUUCUCCAAAGCUUCUUAUGGCCCACAAAUCAACCCUGGAAAGUCUUCUUCACAGGAAACAGUCAAGUCUGUCUUUGCCGCUCCAGAAGAACCCCAUGGGGCGGAAAACGUCUCCUCCCAGUCGGUCCAACAGAAAGCCACAGAUGCUUCCUGGAAGUUUUCUCCUCAUCGGUGGCCCCUCCCUCUGAGCUUGUUCCCUAACUCCGUGGAUGACAUGUACUACGGCUGCUCCAACAAGAUGCUCAUCAAAGUCAAACGAGACUACCUCCCCAAAAGCACCAGGGAAGGUUUCCAGAGCACGCGAACCAAGCUGUGUGCUUCUGCAGCCAUGCAGAGCCGGGACCCGUAUGAUCCGCUGUCCUGGGAUCAUUUCAGGGCUCUGUGCGCCUACACGGCGGGCGCCUACGACAGCCUGAACCGCGCCGUCCGUGAGGGAAAGGCUUCCUACAACAGCUCCUUUCAAUUCCACGCCCUCCACUUCUUUCUGUCCGACGCCAUCCGGCUGCUGAAACUGAACCAGAGGACGUGUUACACCGCGGUCAGAAGGAGCAGGAGGCUCUUCGUCGGGGAACCGGGACAAACCAUCCGCUUUGGCUCCUUUGCUUCCAGCUCACUCAACAAAAAGUUGUUCAAUUUUGGACGGACAACCUGCUUUGAGAUCCGCACCUGCUUUGGUGCUUACCUGAAGUCCUACUCGGACUUUGGCGCAGACGAGGACGAAGUGCUGAUUCCCCCGUAUGAGAUGUUCCGGAUAACCUCGGUGGACGAGUCGGGGAGAAAUCCUUUAGAGUGUGAGGUUCUCUACACGCUUGAGACUGCUGGGAUCUACAGCACCCUCAACUGUCAGGCUGUGGACCUCUGAAAGACGGAGAACAUGUGCCUCAUGGGCUGCAGAACGUCGUUAUACAUGUCGGACAAUUCCAAGGCUUGUUCUUUGUAAAUGAUGGAUAUUUUACUGCUCAAGUUUGAGCCUCAACUCAAUAAAACCAACAUUUUCAUCUAAA